GGUCUUCUAGGGGGACUAAUGAAAAGGAUGGGAACUGGUCUAGCCUGCCUUCGCUUUUGGAAGAUCAUUGGCCUGCUCUGGCCACCGUAGCAAAGGGUUGGGUCGGGAUUUCUCCCGCCAAUUUAAAGUUUGAGAGCUGGGGGUGGGGGGCAGGGACGGUGCAGAUUCGUGGCGGUUGGGAGGCGGAGGUGCGGUCUGGGAUACGCAGACUAGGGUCGCUGCUUCUGAGGCCCUCCUACCUUGUCCACGCGGUCUCAGGUGAGGAGGGCAGGCCGUUUCUACUGAGGACGUUGGGAUUGAAAGCUCUUUGAGGAUAACUGCUCUGUCUUUUGUCAGCGCUUAGCUUUUUUCAGCGCUUAGCACCGUGCCAGAAAGAAAAUAUAACAAAUAUGUGGGAUGAUAUUGAACUUCUAACUAGUGAUGACACAGGAAGUGGUUGCCUAAGUAUUGGCUCAGGAGAAGAACAUGGAACAACUUUAUAUCAAGUGGAUACAUUAGUCAAGAUAUCUUCUGAGAAGGCUUCCUUUUCUCCCAAGUUGCAUGCAUGCAGCUCAAGUGAUGGGUUUGUUAUCGUGGUUGAUCAGUCAGUGACACUUUUUGACAAUAUUUGUCGGUCUCUCCAACUGCAUCUUCAAUUUGAUACUAAAGUGGAUGUGGUUGGCUUGUGUCAAGGAGGAGAGUUUCUUUUGGUCGGUGAAAGAAGUGGCAACUUACAUCUUAUUCAUGUGACAUCAAACCAGACGUUGCUUACUAAUGCAUUUGUUCAGCAAGCACCAGAUGAAAAUCAAUGUACUUAUCAGGAUCUGAUCAUAGAAGAAGGUGGCGCAAAGGAUGGUAAAUAUCAUGUGUUCCUUCUUACUUACAAUGGAUUGUUUUGCAUUAUGGAUCUACAGCUUACACAGAUUCAGGAAGCCAUUGAGAAGAAGGACUUCAUAGCAGCAAAGGAGUUACAAGGACAAACCAAGACCAGUUUUAUAACUACUGAAAAUUAUCAUGACCGUGGUUGUUUAAGCUUUGUGAUUGGAGAUUUAACAAGUGAAAACCAAGUGAUAAUUGGGGGAACUGGUGAUUUUGUCCUCUCUAAGUGGGAGCUAGAUCCUGAGAACAAAGUGGCGAUGGUUAAGAAUUUUAUUGAUUCAGACAUGAUUAAAGGUGCUAAGAAGAUUCAACUUGCAGACAAUCUGCUUUUCAUUUUGGAUACUAUGAAUGUAUUGAGCUUAUGGGACAUUUAUACUCUAAUUCCUGUAUGGAACUGGCCUUGUACCCAUUUUGAAGAUUUUAUUCUUACCACAGAGGCAGAUUCUUCUUCAUCAGUCACUUGGGAAGGUGUUAUCAAUCUGAAAUUAAUAGCUCUGACUACUUCUAGUAAUCAGAUGAGAAACCUCAUGGUUUAUUCACUGCCUACAAUGACCCUGCUCUAUUCUUUGGAAGUUUCUGCUGUUUCUUCACUUGUCAGGAUGGGAAUCAGCUCAGAUACAAUUUACCUUCUGGAAGGGAUUUAUGAAAAUGACCACAAGUCCCCUGAAGGCUCAGUGUCCAUGAUAGUACUUAGGUGUCUAACAGAAGCCUUACCAGAAAACAGAUUGAGUAGAUUGCUUCACAAGCACAAGUUUACAGAAGCUGAAAACUUUGCCAUCAGUUUUGGACUGGAUGUUGAGCUUGUUUAUAAGGUAAAAUCAAAUGACCUAUUGGAGAGAAUGGCUUUGUGUUCAGUAGGCACUCAUGGGCCAACAGUUUGGCAACAGCUUGUGGAUGAAGCUAAAGAAAGUUUAUGUAAAAUCCAGGAUGACCAGUUUGUGGUGGAUUACUGCUUAAAGGCUCAGUGGCCAACCUUCGAGACAACUCAAGAAAUGCUGAAUUAUGCCAAAGUCAGACUUUUGAAGAAAGAAGAUAAAAUACCUACUACCUUUUCAAAUGGCUUAACAGAGGUAUUAAAAGCCCGUGCAAAGUUGGCUACUUUUUAUGGAGCAUUUGGACCAGAAAAAUUCAGUGGAAACAGUUGGAUUGAAUUUUUGAAAAAUGAAGAUAUUCUUAAGGAUAUCUAUCUUCAGCUAAAAGAGGGAAACCUUUUUUGUGCUCAGUUUCUUUGGCUUCGCCAUCGGGCAGAUUUUGAGAGCAGAUUUAAUGUGAACAUGCUGGACAGUUUGCUGAGCUCAAUUAGCACAAGUAUCCCCAUGCGAGCCCUUUGUCUUUGGCUUCAGAGUGAUGUGAUUCCAUUUGUUAAAAGAAUCUUACCAGAAGGACAGGGAAUCCUUGCAAAGUGGUUAGAGCAAGCAGCAAGGAAUCUUGAAUUAACUGAUAAGGCAAACUGGCCGGAGAAUGGACUUGAAGUGGCACAAGUGUUUUUUACAUCUGAAAAUCCAGAUUCUUUAGGACUGAUCUCUUCCUGUCACUGCAUCUCACUGAAGGAUUGUGAAAACACUGAAGAAAUUUGCCAUUUGAGGGAGCUGGUGAAUAACUUGCAAGAACUGAUCAAACUGUACAGGAAAUACAACUGCAAAUUAGCUCUGUCUGAAUUUGAGAAGGAGAACACAACUACUAUUGUAUUUCGAAUGCUUGACAAAGUUUUGGCCCCAGAACUUAUUCCUUCUAUCUUAGAGAAAUAUGUCAAAUUGUACAUGAAGGAGUAUAACCUGGAAGAGGAGCCACUUCUUUUGCUGUACAUAAAGGAUAUGUUGGAGAGAUAUAGUUGCAAGUCGGCAUCACUCUUUGAAACUUCCUGGGAAUCCAAAGCCAUGGCAAUCAUAGGCUGUUUGUCUGAUACAGAUCUCAUCUUCGACGCUGUGCUGCAGAUCAUGUAUGGAGCUGUGGUGCCCUGGAGCACAGCUGUAGAGCAGCUGGUUAAAAAGCACUUGGAAAUGGACCAUCCCAAAGUGAAAUUGUUGCAGGAAAGUUACAAGUUAAUGGAAAUGAAGAAGCUUCUACGAGGGUAUGGAAUAAGAGAUACAAAUCUUUUAAACAAGGAGAUAAUGAGAGUGAUCAGAUACAUUCUUAAACAAGAUGGCCCAACCUCUCUUGAGGAUGCUUUAAAAGUAGCCCAAGCAUAUCUGUUGUCUAAAGAUGAAAUCUACAGCUUAAGAGUCAUUGACUUGAUGAGCAGGGAACAGGGUGAAGAAUGCCUUUAUCUCUUGAAAUCCCUGCCUCCUGCUGAAGCUGAGAAAACUGCAGAGAGAGUGAUUAUAUGGGCACGCUUAGUGUUACAGGAAGAGCCAGAUGACUCCCAAGAGGGGAAGCUAGAGAGGAUAUCUAUAGCAAGGACAACUGUAAAUAUUAUAAAAGCACUACGUGACAUUCAGAAAGAAAAUCCUCUGAAGAUGGAUGAAUGUGAAGAAAACUUAAAACUAUUUAAAACCAUUAGGAGCUUACAGGAAGAUUUUGAGCUCUUCCUUCCAUUUGAUGACUACAGGAAUCAUUCACUGGUAGCUGGACUUCACAAAGAACCCAUUAACUCUCAGGAAGUUUCCCAGCCCUGGCAAAAAACUAGGAGGACCCCAGAGGAGACUCCUAGUCAUUCAAAGAAUAUAUCUCUUCAGUCGAGUUUGUACAGGCAGACUCUGUGUCUGUUGGUGUCAGAGCAAGACCUGGAGGCUAAAGUAGUGCUGAAGGCCUUAAAUUCAGGGAGAGUUGACGAAGCCCUCCGGCUGUGCAGGGAUUUGUUUCAAUGUCACAGCAAUCCCAACACGGGAAGAGUGCUGGUUUUGGCAUGUCAGAAGCUUUGUCAGAUGUUGGGGACCGACACUCCAAUGAUUGUGCCUGACGAGUUGAACCUUCCUCUGGAGAUCUAUCAGUUGGCCUGCCAAGCAGCCACUGUCUGUAGCCCAGAUUUUUUACUAGAUGCUCUGGAAAUGUGUAAAUAUACUUUAACUGCCAUGGAGAUUUACAGACAGUGCCAGAUGGAAGAUUGUGGAACUCUAACAAAGACUUCCUUUGGAGCUGAUAGAGACCCCUAUGAAGAAUGGACAUACAAUGACUUCUUCAGUGAAGAUGGAAUUGUUCUCGAAUCCCAACUGGUGCUACCAGUUAUCUAUGAGCUGAUUUCAUCUCUUAUACAUGAGUCUGGAGGCAAAAGAUACCCUUUGGAUUCUGCCAGUUUGCCAUAUUGCUCAUUUCAUAAAGGAAAGAAUCUUCUUUUACCAAUCAUCAACCCUGUCUUAGCUCUGCUUCAGAACCUACAGGAAUCGAGCCAGUGGGAGCUGGCUCUGAAAUUUGUAGUAGGUUCCUUUGGCAUCUGCCUUCAGCAUGGAAUGUCCAACUGCAUGAAUAUCUCCUUGAGUGAGAAGCUGUAUGAAGAGAAACUGUUGAUCAGUACAAAAAACAUUAUUGUUGGCAUGAAAGAAAAAUCCACGAACUUGGUCAGAGAAAAUGCUGCGGCCCUGUUACACAAAGUGUUUAAUUGUCGUCUAGUGGAUCAUGACCUGGCCCUGGGUUACUUAACUCUUUUACCGAAGAAAGAUGUCUUUGAAAAUAUCUGGAAAGUCAUCAAUACCACAUGGCAGAAUUACAGCAAGAUUUUGGCUGUAUCCCAGGUUGGAGCUCAACUGGCUUCUCUCUAUAAGGAAACAGAAAUAAGGCUGAAAUUCCAAGAAUUAAUCACCGAUGCCCAGUGGGGCCUUCGCCUUGGGAAACUUGGGAUUUCUUUUCAACCAGUGUUCAGGGAGCAUUCACUAAGGAAAAAAGAACUCAUGAGCACACUGGUUCAGAAUUCAGAUGUGGACACAACUCUCAUUCUGGAAUACUGCAGCACAUAUGACUUGGACAGUGAUGCAGCUCUUCAACUUUUCAUCGAAACCCUGAUUCUUCACCAUAAUCAUAUUGACCCCUGUGAGGAAGACAAGGCCAUGUCUUCUCUGAAACAGCCCCACUCCAAAGUUCUGGCCAAAGCAGUUGAGAUUGUGCCCUUACUGAAAAGCACGAGGAAUUUGGUUGUGAGUCUUAGUGGCAUUCUGCACAAGUUGGAUCCAUAUGACUAUGAAAUUAUUGAAGUUGUCUUGAAAAUUAUGCAAAAAGCUGAUGAAAAGGUCACCAAUCUCGAUAUCAAUCAGGGCUUGAGUCUGAUGAAGCAUUUGAAAUCUUAUAGACGAGCAUCUCCUCCUGGGAAUCUGGAACAUGAGUACAUCAUGAACCAUACAAUGACCAUGUCCUCAGCUGCUCAGAUUCGGCUGCCUUUUCACCUGAUUUUCUUUGGGAAAGUGCAGAACUUCUGGAAGAUACUUUCUGCUGAGCUCCGGGAGGAGUCCUUCCCAACAUUCCUGUUGAUUGCUAAACUAAUGAAGGUUUCUUUGGAUUCUUUGUAUGUGUCGACAGUUAAGCAAGUCUUUGAAAAAAGCUUGAAGCCAAAGUUGCUGAAGCAGGUGCAGGCUAAAGGCUCAACCCCGAAUAACAAGGAAAUAGCUAAAACCUUCCAGACUUUGCAGUCCUAUUUAUUAUCUAUAGCUAAUCCUGAAUGGGCUGUUGCUGUUGCCAUCAAUCUUGCUCAGGACAUUCCAGAAGGUUGCUACAAGAUAACUAUAUUGAAAUUUUGCCUUUAUUUGGCCGAGAAAUGGUUAAAGAAUAUUUCAUCCCAGGAUGAAACUCAUGAGAAAGCUGAGGCCUUACUGAAGAAACUGAGGGUGCAGUACCAGAGGUCAGGCACUGAGACUGUGCUCAUCACACAUGGCCUGGGCUCUCCAGAGCAUCUGAGACUGCUAGGGAAGCCAGCACAACUCAUUGCCAGUCUAUAUGAGCAUGGCAGCAUCCUGCCGAGGAUCCAGGGACCUGCUGACAAAGACUGUCCUGAUAUUCAUGCAGCAGCCAAGGAAAUAGCUGAAAUUAACAACUUGGAUUUGGAAAAAAUAUGGGAUGUGCUUCUUGAAAAAUGGUUAUGUCCAGCGACACAGACCAAUGAAAUACCUUCAGAAUUCUUUAAUCUUCAAGGGGAUGAAGCCCUCCAAAGAGUUCUAUAUCUCCUCCAAAUACGUCCCAUUGAUUAUAGUUCAAGGAUGUUAUUUUUGGUUGCCACAUCUUCUGUAUCUCCUUUUACUGUUGGUCAGCUGACAUUUGCCUAUAGAAGACGAGCUCUUCACUGUCUCUUAUGCUUGGCCGACAGAGAAACCAUUGAGUCUCUCUUCAAAAAGCCUUACGAGGAAGUAAAAUGUUUUCUGAAAUGCAUCACUUUCCUGGCCGCAUUUGAAAUGUUGAACAUCCCUCUCACAUAUGAAUCAUUUCACAACAGUCCUAAAGAAGGAAUGAUUAAGGGCCUAUGGAAAAAUCAUAGCCAUGAACCUAUGGCUGUGAGAUUGGUGACUGAACUUAGUUUGGAAUACAAGGUAUAUGACACUCAGCUUUGGAGUGGGCUGUUACAAAAGCUGCUUGGCUUCAACAUGAUUAGCUAUCUGAGGAAUGUUUUAACAGCAAUUUCCAAUAUACGUUCCUUGUGGCAGAUCCCUUACUUUGGGAGAGCCUGGCAGCGGGUCUCACAGAUACCACUCAUUUCAGCCUCUUGCCCCCUGAAUCCUACUCAGCUGUUGGCUUGUCGUGAGAGUCUGGUGGUUCUUCUAGAGUGUCCUGUUUCCAUGGAUCUUGAUAUGGUUGGAGUUGCCAAGCAGUUUAGCCAACUGGAGCUUCCAGCCUUUGCCUUGGCCUGCCUUCUGCUGAUGCCCCACUCAGACAAGAGAGACCAGCAGCUUCAGAAUUUCUUGGGAUGGUGUAAUCCUGAGGUUAUUUUACAACAAAUAGAUGAACAUAUGAAUACUGGCCAGCUAGCAGGAUUUGCCUGUCAAGUGAAGGGCUUUAUUCUGAAUCACAUCAUAAAUAAGAAGCAGUUUGGGAUACUGGCAAACACAAAAUACUUUCCAUUGUUGAAAUUACAAGUGAUAAGUACCCAGAAGGUCAAGGAGUUGGUGGACUAUCUAGUCAACAAUGACAGUUUGGAUGAAGCCUCACUCCUUAUAAUGGAAUACUUAAAGCAGUGUGGAAAAGCAGUACCACUAGAUAUCACUCCUUGUGACCUCGUGAAGAUGUUUCUAAGUGAAUCAAAGUAAUCAUCGCAAGCCUUUCACAAGAAGUGGAGAUUUGAACUCGACAUUAACUGACGACAGUUGUGACUAUGUUUCAGUAUUACUGUGCAAUAGAACGUGUAGCCUUUGUCAAGUAAGAGGAAAAAGCGGAGUUGGAACAGCAGGGUGCGGCAUCCCCUUUCUGGCCCAUCCGUAGUAACCUGAGCUCCCGAGGUGCCAGACGCCUGUGAUGUGUCCCUUGUGCUUAUAGAGUUUGUUGAUUGUCUCCACCCUUCUCUCCUUCGGAAUGUAUAUUCUGUUCAUGCUCACAUAUCCCUAAAAUGCUUUGUUAUCUCAAAUAUGAUACUUUGGUCGAAGGCAAUUGGAAGGAUAACUCUUUACUACUAAUACAAAGACUUAAGAUUCCCUAUUUAUUUUCCUGUGUUUGUAGCCUAAGACAUUUGUGAUUCAUGUGACUAAACUGUUGGAUAUACUGUAAUUUAUUUUUGUUCAGACCACUGAGAAAUCAUCACUGACUCAGCUUUACCUUAAAGACCAAAUCACGUCACAACCUGCUCCAAAAAUUCUGAUCCCCCCCCCCCCCCAUGCCCAUUCCAGAAGUAGGCAGCAGAUCAUGGUUGAGGAGAAACUGACUUCAUUCACAAACAUCUGAGUUCAAGUCCUGCCUCUGGCAGAUUGCUCUCUGUGUGUGCCCAUGGGCAAGCCCUGGGACUCUCAGGGUGCCUCAGGAAAUGUCAGAGGCUAUAAGGAGCAGCCUUAGUUUCCUCAUCCAUUAAAUGGAGAUAAUUCAAAAACCUCCCUCUUAGGAUUGUUGUGAGGAUCAAAUGAGAUAGCAUAGAAUUCCUGGGCCAACUUUAAAGCUCUAGAUAAAUGCUAGCUAUUAUUAUUAGUGAUAUUAUUUUCUUAUCCCACAUCUCUUCAAGCCAGAACUUUUAGAAUAACAUGCUCUCUGCAAAGCUAGCGAUCUGAAAUGAAGACGAGUCGAGAGCCAGAAGUACAAAGGAAUGAGCAUCCCCUCUGGCCUGGGUCCUCCAGUGGCCUGCCCUCAGCUCUGCCCUUCCUUCCUUCCUUCCUUCCUUCCUUCCUUCCUUCCUUCCUUCCUUCCUUCCUUCCUUCCUUCCUUCCUUCCUUCCUUCCUUCUUAGGGACAGAAUGGAAAAGACAGGUGGCUCACUUGGAGUGACUGUACCAGGAGAGGAGGCAGGAGACUGCUUAGACCCAGACCUUUGGCCAAAUUUGAGGUCCAAAAGGAAGCUCAGCGUGAGUCAGCCAUGGAUUGAAGCUGCCAAACAAUCCUAAUGUGCUCACAGGCUGGGGAUUAUGAGGACACGAGCAGACAGACAGCCAAAGGUGAGCAGGAGAUCCUUCUUCAGUUUGGAAGCUAUUUCAGUAAUCCAGCCUUUCUUCUCUCAGCGAGACUGGGAAGAUGAGGGAGAUUAUAAAGGAAAAUCAAUGAAUGACAGAGAAGGAAGGGUCAAAAAAUGAUCUGGUGGCAUUUGGCACUUUUUUGUGGGAAGCAGCAGCACCUAGACUUAACCUGGGCUCUGUGCAUUAAAAAACAUUUUGAUAACUUCA